AUGUCGAAGAUUGAAGAGGUAGACCCGUGUGUGAAAUCUUACUUAUAUGAUAUUGGCUAUCAUAGAUGGUCAAGAGUACAUGCAACAGUGAAUAGAACGUGGACAAUGACAUCAAAUAUUGCAGAGUCGUUGAAAGCUNCAUCAAAUAUUGCAGAGUCGUUGAACGUUGUAACAAAAGAUGCAAGAGAACUGCCGAUAUUUGACCUUUUAGAGUAUAUGCGAACACUGCUAGAACGUUGGACCAACGAGAAGUUAUUGAAGGCGAAGGGUACUUUCACAUUUCUUGGGUCCAAAUUCAACAAAGAAUUAGAGAACAACAGAACAUUAUCUCAGAAGCUUAGGAAAACAAAAAAUGUAGCUGUGGCCAAUUCCAACUUGAAGAACUUCCAUGGACAUGCUUUGACAGCAUUAAGGCACAGGAAUGAAACAUAUGAAAACUAUUGCUCUCCGUAUUACACAAGGGAGAGCCUUCUGCGUACGUAUGAAAUACCAGUAAAUCCUCUUCCUGAUGAAAGCAACUGGAAUGUGCCACAACAUAUUUUGGAUGAGGUAGUAAAUCCACCGAUGGGAGAUAAAAGGCAGCCAGGGAGACAUCGAAAGGAAAGAUAUAAAACAUAUGAUGAAAUAAAGUCAAAGAAAUACAAGGUGUCAUGUGGAAAUUGUGGAGGUGAAGGGCAUAACAAAAGAUCUUGCAAGAAUGCGCCCAAGAAGAAAUGA